AAAGAAAAGAGCUUCAUUGUGGAAGGCAAGAGAGAAAAGAAGAAAGUAGAGAGAUUGACAAUGCAAGUGUCUUCCUUACAAAGAGAGCCAUUUACAAUUGAACAAGGUAUCCUCAUUAAAGAAGAACGUGGGUCAGUUCAGUGGCUUUCCAUUUGAAAAAGGCAGUACCCAGUAUAAAAAGAAGGAAGAAAUGCUGAAAAAGUUUAGGAAUGCGAUGCUAAAGAGCAUCUGUGAGGUUCUUGAUUUAGAGAGAUCAGGCGUGAACAGCAAACUAGUGAAGAGGAUCUUGAAUUUCUUAAUGCAUCCAAAGCCUUCCGGCAAACCAUUGCCAAAACCCAAAAAAUCCUCAAGCAAAGGUAGUAAAAAGGAACGGAACAGUUCUGGAACAACAAGGAAGUCAAAGCAAACCAAAUGUCCUGAAAUUCUGUCAGAUGAAUCUAGUAGUGAUGAAGAAGAGAAGAAAAAUAAGGAAGAGUCUUCAGAAGAUGAAGAGAAAGAAAGUGAAGAGGAGCAACCACCACAAAAGACGUCUAAAAAAGAUAAAGCAAAACAGACAGCUGCUGCUAGAAGUAAAAAGUCUGUAAAAAGUGCUAAUGUUAAGAAGGCAGAUAGCAGCAGCACCAAGAAGAAUCAAAACAGUUCCAAAAAAGAGUCUGAACCUGAACAUGGUUCUGAUGAUGAACCAUUAAUUAAAAAAUUGAAAAAACCACCUACAGAUGAAGAGUUAAAGGAAACAGUGAAGAAAUUACUGGCUGAUGCUAACUUGGAGGAAGUCACAAUGAAGCAGAUUUGCAAAGAGGUAUAUGAAAAUUAUCCUGCUUAGGAUUUAACUGAGAGGAAAGAUUUCAUUAAAACAACUGAAAAAGAGCUAAUCUCUUAAGCUAGAGGACAGAUGGCUUGUUCUAAGAUUUGAAGAUACGAUUUAUACCAGCAAAGAGAAUGUAUUUUCUUUUUUAAGUCUAUUGUUGGUAGAACUCGCUGCUGACCCUUUUGAGUGUUACAUAUAUUUGAGCUUGCUGUUUUAAAUUGCAUUUCCUUGCAGUUUUCAGUUUAAAGUCUUGCAUGGCAGUAAAUGUUCCUUGCUUUUUAUAGUUGUACGUUUUGGAUUUCUUUAUUGUAAGGUCAUAGAUUUCUGAACUGUUUGUGAAUUUUAGUGCACUUAAUGUUAGCUUAAGACACUUUUAAUUGAAGCAAAAAACUAUAUAACUAUAACCAGCAUUUAUACGUGCAGAGACUAUUGCAGAAUUUAGUAUAUGAGAUAUUUUGGAAUAUACCUUCUGUCAGUGUGAAAACGUAGUGGCAGUUUCUUCAUCAUAUUAGAGCAUAGCUGUUCAGAUGACCGAGUUGGAACUUUUCACGCAUGUGUAUAUAUGUCAGGUUGUCAGCAUGACAGAAGUGACAGAUGUUAUUUUUGUAUUUUUAAAAACCAAUUUGUUGUAUAUAAUUUUUUAAAAUUUCUUUUGUGCAGAUCAAUUUUUAACUUGUAACUAAAGAAUGUCAGUGUUCAGCCAGGCAGCAUAACAGAGCAGUUAGUUCAGUGUUGCAGCACUGAAGGACUGUCCAGUUCUGCUUUGCCCUGAAAGUGUCAUCAAUUUUUGUGGUAUGUUAAAAGUGUCAUAGAAAUUUUAUACUGAGGAUAAACCAAAAUCAACACAUCAGAGUUUCAAAAACUGGGGAAGGGUGAGCAUACUUGGCUUAUAUAAGUGAACUGGUAGUAACUAAACUUUGACCAUAUAAAUUUUAGAUACCUGACUUCCUUCAUAAUUAUGAUUCAAAGUAUCAUCAGAUGUAAUGCCAGAUGAUAGUAUAAAAGUAUCAGAUGGUAAUGCCGGGAAUGUAGGUAUCUUUGAAAGUAUUUCUCAAAAAACCAUACAUUAAAUUUCUUUGAAGUAAGUAUUAUGGAAUCAAGGCUGUUUGAUUUUAAAUUUUGGUCAAUCAAGAUUUUUAGGUGAUAAACAUGGACUGUCCCUGAAUUUAAAUUUUGUCUUUUGACUGUCCUGAUAAAUUAUUUCUGAAUUAUAAAAAUAAGCUGCUUGACAAUUGAUGUACCAACUGAGUGUUUAAUUUUCACAUCGUAAAUCAAAUAUAUUAAAAUAAUGCUGAACAUUAA